AUGGAUGAAAUACGUGAGCUCGUUUGGAAUGGUGGGUUAAAUUUACAAAUAUCGUUACAUCCAUCAGCGAUGGUGGUGAAUCAUCUGAAAGAUCCAAUAAUAACGAAUAUAAGAGUACCAAGGGAUUGUUAUAUUGUAUUUUAUAUGAAAGUUAUACUGAAACGAUUUCGGAAUUAUCUCAAUUUAAAUAUAAACGAGUCGAAUAAAGACUGCUUCUUUUGGUUCGAAUAUGAAAAUGUUCCCUUGUAUUGGAAUUUUCCCAUAGGUGCUUUAUAUGAUACUAUGACUAAUAUAAUGCCAAAUGAUAGAGAAGAGAUUUUAUUAGAUAGAAAUGAUCACUUGAAUAUUUGGAAGUUAGAAUUGCAUUGCGGUACUAAGAUACCAAAUGGUCUCAUACCGAUAAUCGACGAGGAAGAACAAAUAAGACGCUAUUGGAUGCAUCAGUGGAAACAAGCUUGUUAUAUACUUAAUGGAUCUUCAAAGAAGGUAAUGUCCUUUUCAAUGAAGGAUUGGCAAAAAUUUUGGGAUAGCGUAAAGAAAAGAAAUUUGUCUGAUUUUAAUGAUCUCGCUAUGAAGGUAAGACCGUCACAUCCUAGAAACGUUCCUGUGAUUAUUCACUUGAAUUAUCCAAACCUUCAGAAAAAACUACCGUUCAUUAAAAUUGAUCAUGAUGCUGAUAAUGGGCAUCCGACGGUGUUUAAUGUUUUGAAUUCUGAAUAUCCUGAAAUAUUCAAAAGUAAGAAUAGUUCUGAAGUACAAUGUGUUUGUAAUGGGGUCAUAAUCCCACUGGAGAUAUUAAUAUUUGAACUUUAUAAAAGAUUUCUGAACUUCGAUGGAUUUUUGCAUUUAUCUAUAUGUUUCUCAUCUAAUAAUAAUCAGUUCAAUUAA